CCAAUACAAUGCGUUUUGUUUUAAUUCUUUAACAACAAGGUUAUACUGUGCGCAGAUACGAGAAAAACGAAUAAAGUUUGUCCGCUAUGAUUAAAAGUGGUGAUUUUAUCGAAAGACUAAAUCAACAAAACCAUGAAAAUUCCAAAACCAUCGACUUUAAAACGUAUGGCUACGACAUAGAGGAGGGUGAAGAAGACCAAGAAACUAAGGAUGACUCAAAAGACAGUGUAUGGUCACCAGAAAUCGAGCAAAGCUUUCGCGAAGCUUUGAUUAUUUAUCCACCUUGUGGCAGAAGAAAAAUUAUUAUUUCGGAUGAAGGAAAAAUGUUCGGUAACUUCUAUUAUGUGUGUUCGGUUUAAUAUUAUGGACGGAAAUCAAUUUAUUGCAUAUUUGUUAACAUGUACAUGCUAACUGCUGUACACAACAAUUAGGAGUCAAUGUGUAUUGAUUUAUAACGUCAGAAACACCUUUCAAAAAUGAUUUCAGAAUGUUUACUAAACCUACUGCUUAUCUUUAUUUCAUCUUUAUCGGGCGUAUGAUGGCUAUCACUACCUAAUGCUGGUAUUUUAAACACAAGCUUUUAUUGUCACUGUGCAUUUAACUAUGUCAAAAAUUUGGUAGUUACUUACCAAUUAGGUUUAUGGAUUUGAAAUUCUGUAUGACUUUUAAAGCAUAUGGCCGGAUGGCUUGUCUAUUUUCAGAACCCAAUGUAAACUAAGCAGGUAUUUCUUAACUGUACCACGUUGUUUCUAAAGUAUGAAUAUACCAGGUUCCUGACUCGGUUUCAAUUUCUAACUCGUUUUGCUUUCCACUCGGACUUAUGUACGUCGAAAGUCACUCUUGGAAAACAACCAGCUACCAUAUCUGGACACCCUUACAGCUCAUGGAUAUUCUCGUAUCAUUAGUUUUACAUGUUUUGAUGUAACAUCUAUGUAGAAAGAUUGGUUCAAUGACACUAGUUACAUUAUAGAUACAAAUGUAGAUGCUAUAAGACUAUAAAAGCUGUGUUACACAAAACGUUGUUUUAGUGUUAGUUUCAUCCAUCUAUGAAAACUUAGUUUGCUAGGGGCUGUUGUAAAAGUCGAAAACUGGGUGUCAAAUAACUUUUUAUGUGUCCUCAAACUACUGUGCUAGGUUUUUUAUCACGUGAGACAGAAAAAUUGGAUUGUGUUAAACACAAAAUCAACAAGCAGCAGGGAAAUUUUCGUCUGAACACCAGGGAUAGGUUGACACGUGCAUGAAGGCUUAGCUACAAGCGGCAUGAGUUCCUCAAAAUCCUAUGAAUCCGUUUCGUUUUUUCCUUAUAGACAUUCAUGUAUUAAAGUUAUUUGGUAUUCAAAAUCCCAAAAUUUAUAUUUUAGGUUGACCUUUUGUUUCUGAGGCAUUACUUUCUCCGCUCUACUAGUUUUGUUAGAAAAUCUAACAGCAGUUAUAAUUUAUUUGGGUUACCAUUCAUUAGCAGUGAUAUAGAGCUUUCUCCUAACAUAUAAAAAAUAUUGUAUUUUGAUUCUUUCAUGAAAAUAAGUGCUUUGAACACCAAGUAAAACCUUGAGGAAGUUAUCUCUCACUCCCAAACUGCAUUAAUCAAAACAGAUCUUAAUUUGAGACUUCAUCAUUGAUGGCAUUUUAUAUAUACAUCCCGAAAGCCUUUUACAGCACGUUUGGUGAAUCUUUUUUAAUCCACAUAAAACUAUUCUUUUGGUUUUGUUGUGGUGUGGAUAUGUGAUAGUGCACCUACUUUGUGAUAUUUUGUGUAUAGAUCUUCCCCAACAACCAUAUUCACUGACUUUUACUCAAAAUCCAAUAUAAAAUUAACCUUGAUCCGUUUUCUCCUUCAGCAUUUUUCCAUAAAACUUGUGUACUGUAAGUAAAUGUUAAACUAUUUGUAUACUGCAAUUGUCUUCAUAUUUAUAAAUACAUUUCUCUCUGGUUUUUGCAUUAAAUCUGAUACUUUUUUCCAAAACAUUGACCCUCUUCAUGAUGACCCUUUUAUAAAGAUUCUGAGACCAACCAAAGUACGAACUGUUCUAAAUGAUGUAUUUCGCAGUAUGAUAUAGCUGAAUAGUAAACAUGAUGUGUCACCCAAAAUGUCCUUGUUCUAUUAGUAGAUCAUCCAUAAUUGAAGCAAAUCUAUCAUUGAAUUUGUGAUUUUAUCUGUUUCUCUUAUUUAUUUUAACUGUUCAAACCAAGAGCGAAUACCAUCUAAGUGGGGAAUGGAGGUUUUAUUCACUGAAGAUGGGAACAAUAUUAUGUGUUUAUAAAUAUAACGUUGUUAAAAGGGAUUUGCAAAGCUUAACAUAAUUACUACACAUAGUUGCUUUGUAUAGUAUUAAGAUAAAUUCUAGUAUGGAGUGACAAUGAUAUUAUAUAUAAUAUGUUCACACUUUAGUUUUUUAACUGCCAAGCAAAAGUAUCGCGAGAUGUUUUUUUAAUAUAAAUUAUUUCUACUUCAAACAUGAAUAUGUUAAUUCCGAUCUAACUUUUUUUACUUAAUAUCUACUCACUUACUGUGUACAAUUUAUGCCUAACUCGGUGCUACCAAAGGAACUCAGAAGUCUAGUGCAAGUAUUUAUAUGAUCUUGUAGAACUUGAGUGCAUAAGAUAUACUACUUUGUGUCAUCGAUGAAAGAAGCAGUUUGUUUAAGAAGAUCGUUGGUCAGUAUUCCAAAGCUAGUUAAAAUCCUCCACUAAAUUAUUGAAAUCAAUUUAUUGUCCAGUAGCAUACUUUUGCAAUGCUAUUAGCUUUAAAGAGAUCAAAGCUCUCAUUUAAUUUGAUUUUUUAUUUUUCAUAAUCGGCUUUCUAGAUAAAUGUUUGCAAACCCUUAGAGGCUGUCUUUUUUAAGUCAGUGAAGUCAUUUUGACUGAAAAUGAUUAUUCAACAAUAUUCGUUGUUUAAGUGCUCUCGGCUAAGAAUAAAUUUACAUUUAGUAUUAGGAGCUUUCUUUUCAGCUGUUUAUUUGAAUACUUUUGUCUGAAAUAUGCUUCCUUUUAUCAGUCUACGUUUUUCGUAAAACAGUUUUAAAAAUGAAUUAUUAAAAUUUUAGCAACACAAUUUGAAAAUCAUUCUCAAAUUGAUCAAUGUGUAAAUGGCUGACAGUAAUAUUCAGUUAACAGUUUGUAAUAGGCAUAAACUUAUAAGUACAAUCGGGUAGAUACAAAACGGCAGCGUCGUCUUAACAAAUGUGUUUCGUAAACUGUCUUAACCGAACAUUUUUGACACAGUUGUUAAUAAACCAUGAAAUUCAUGAAAAAUGUAAAAUCAGACCUAAAAUCUUAAAGUGAAAUACAAUUGACAGGAUGCACGCACUGAUGACUAUUAAAGUCGAGUUUUUGCCAACAAUUUUUUUAGGAAAGAUACUUGGAAAGUGGCAUAACUGCAAAUGCAUGUGUGUUUUUGAGUGAUAGCCACCACAUUUUUGCCAUAGAAGUUGCGUUAGGAAUUUUGAUCACUACAGUUCGGCUUAAGUUUCCACAACAUUUCUUGCCUGUGUAUUACAUGGUGAUUAUUGUUACUAUUUACAGCUGUAGCGGGUUGAGAGACCAUAUAAUGCGUUUAGAUCCUUGUAGAAUCAUAUUAGUGAACAGGACGAAUCGGGCUGUUGCACCGUUUUCAGAUGUUCUAUUGAUUUUAUACUUUGUGUCAGCCAUUAAAAGCUGUUAUAUUUCUAGAUGAAAUUAGACGGAAAACCAGGUAUUAGGAACUAGUAUUGUUCUGAUAAGUGAACUGAAACGCCAACGUCACGAAAAUAUAAAAACACUAGUGAUAUACCAUUCCAAUCCAUUUACAAAAUUCAUAUUAGCAUUUAUAACAGUUGGACUUAUAGUUGAUAUAUCAGUAAAAUGAGAAAACUUUAUGAACAGUAUACUUUAUUUUCAAUUGACUACAAAUACUUCAUGGCAAAAGUACUUUGCUCACCAUACAUUUAUAUGUAAAUCACCUAAAAUAAAAUAGUAAUUGCUUUAUUUGAAAGUUCAUUUUCUUUGUUCUAGUUAAAAAUAGAAAGCACCAACUUUUAAAUAGAAACUCAGUUCAACCCAAUGGCAGCCUAUGAUAUGUUGUAACAGAGGAACCGGACGAAAUGAAUUAAUUGCACGAUAUAUCAAGCUUAGAACGGGCAAAACUAGGACAAGAAAACAAGUAUCAAGUCAUAUUCAAGUGUUAGCACGUCGACGAUCAAAAGAAUCGGCUGAAUAUCCAUUCGAUGAUAUUUAUGAUUCAGAUUUAUGUGGUUUCUCCCCAUCUACAGAUAUUCAUGAAGAUACUGAGCAAUCAAAUUUCAAUGUGGGAAAUUCACAUUCUAAACUAGAAAAGCAUACAUCAUUUAGCGUUGAGACAUUUUUAUCUCAAGUUGCUUCUCCUGAAUGUAUAGAUUUGAAGAAACCAACUAUCCUCAAUCAAUUAAGCAUUAUUCAAACGGAUGAAAUACACCUUAUGUAUUAUGAUGUAUACAUGUGUAAUUCUGCUCAGGCUCAUCAUUCUACGAAUGAACAAGCCUUGAUUGUACUUAACUCAUCCUCACCAAUUAGUUUAGUUCACUCCCAAAUGGAUUCAAAUCAAUCUGAUAUUAUACCUCAACAUAUUGAUAUAAAUUGGCCGCAUAUUCUUAGAAAUACACCUGAUAAAUGUUUUAUUAUGAAUUUAAGGAUUGAUUUACCAGAUGCUAACCACUUAAUUUGUAAUCCAUUUUUAUCCACAACAAUUAUAUUCAAGAGUACUUGUUCUAGAAAAAAAUCUCUAAGAUUGUCCACAAAAAUUUUCACAUUCAACCAACUUAUUAUAGAAACAGAAACUAAUCUAAAAUUAUUGGAAAAUAAUCAAGAAAAUAUUUAUAUUAGUCAACGAAAAAUGGAAUCAUACCUUACAGAAUUAUUGACAAAUCUUUCGAAAUUAGAUUCUGAAGAACUUAUAAAUUUAGCUUUGGAAAGUACUUAUUUAUUACAGCUUGUAUAUGAUGAUGAAACUAAUCGUCCAAUAAUUGGAUUUACUAUACUAUUAAAUAUAUCAAGAGUUGAUCAUUCAAAACCACAUCAAAUCAUUUGUUUUUCAUAAUUUGUUUCAUUUUGUGUUUGUAGUGUAAUGUUGUUUUUUUUCUUCUUUCUUACAAACUAUAAUACAUCUAUCAAUCUUAUGUGUCGUAUAUCCAUUUAAUAAUAAAAUCUUAUUCUAAUAUAUUGAAAAACUUUAUAUUAAUACGUUACUUUUACUCGAAUUAUCUUUUAAUCUUCAAAUCGAUUUAUAAUAUUAUUACUUAAUCAUAAUGUUUUACUUCAUUUAUCCAUGAAAUUACAUUUUAAUAUGUAAGUUUACUAUAUAUAAACCAACAGAAUUAUUAACAAAUAUAUUUACUUCUUUUGUUUGAAAUUUUUUACG